AAAACAGCUCACAUCCAAAAUGGGAAACCAUUGAUAAUUGUGUUAUGGAAUGAUGAGGAGCAAGAAUCUUUAAGGGCUGUCCAAGAGUGCACAGAGUUUAUAAAUGCCAACUGUMACAUUUGUCCCAUAAAAUAUGGGAYAACAGACCACAGAAAGCUGACCAGAGAAUUUAGACUUAUGGGGUAAGACAACUGUUCCCAGGGCAUUUUCAUGCUAACUAGAGUUGGUAGCAUGUUUGUGCCCUUGGAAAGCCUGACAGAUUUCCCUGUGUCAAGAUCUCAGUUGAAUGCUACCAUACAAAGGGGACUUGAAGCCUUUCAGGCAAGAAGGACAAAUUGUGAGAACAAGACCAGGGGGCCGGUGCAACUGAGUCUACAGAUGGACCAAGCAACAGGUCCUGCCGCUAGCAACACAGAAGCCCAGGCUGCAGCAGGUCCUGUCGCUAGCAACACAGAAGCUCAGGCUGCAGCAGGUCCUGUCGCUAGCAACACAGAAGCUCAGGCUUUACGACAAGCAAGGAGAAAUAGGGUGGGCCAAGAAGCAACGGAUGGGGUCUUCGUGAAGGCAAAGUGUGGAGGCAAAACAUUCACAAGAAGUUUUAAUACAGGCUCAUGUUAUCAAGAAGUAUAUUGGUUGCAGAGAGGACCUGCCUCAUCAAGAGAGAUGAGAAAAUCUCCCAGAGUGAAACAGUUGUUGUUUCUGAGGUGACUCAAGAACAAGAAUUCGGAAAAAUACAUACAACUGUAAGUACUUUCGUGCUUACUGAACAAUGGCAUUGAUAAUAUUACUGUCUUAUUUUCUUGAUAAAAGAGGUUUACAAAAACGAAGGACCUGUGGAGUUAUCGGCUGGACCUGACCUUUUGUAUGUAACAAGCAAUGUACUGUACCGAUCCCCUUAGCAUUGGGUUGUCGUAUGCAAAACCGAAGGACCGGUGGAGGUAUCGGCUGGACCUGACCUUUUGUAUGUAACAAACGAUGUAUUGUACCAAUCCCCUUAGCAUUGGGUUGUCGUAUGCAAAAACGAAGGACCGGUGGAGUUUAAUAGGCUGGACCUGACCUUUUGUAUGUAACAAACAUUGUACUGUACCAAUCCCCUUAGCAUUGGGUUGUCGUAUGCAAAAACGAAGGACCGGUGGAGGUAUCAGCUGGACCUGACCUUUUGUAUGUAACAAACAAUGUACUGUACCGAUCCCCUUAGCAUUGGGUUGUCGUAUGCAAAAACGAAGGACCGGUGGAGUUAUCGGCUGGACCUGACCUUUUGUAUGUAUGUUUGUAUGUUUUGUACCUUAUGUAACAAGCAAUGUACUAUACCUCCCCUAUAUAUUACUUUUACUAUUAUUAUUAGUUAUUAUUAUUAUAACUGUU